CGUUCAACAGCAUUCCUAACCUAGCCCACAAUGUCUGCUGUGUGGAUCGAGCAGUCAACAGGUCGAGCAGUCAUUUGAAAGAGUAAGAAAAUUUCAGCGAGACAACUCAAAGGCGAAAUCCAUUAACGCCAAGAUAAUGGAAUUCAUUGCCCUUGACAAUCUAUCGUUCUCUGUCGUGGAUGUUGGCAGCUUUCGCCGACUGGUCAGGCACCGGUAUACACUACCAAGUGUCUUGUUUUGCACGCUUUGUACAAAAUAAUAAAAUGCAGUACUACAGGAUAUUUCUCAACGUAGCUCUUUAUUAGCUAGCUUUAACUGGCAUGUUAACGUAUCGCCAACCAGGAUCAAACUGACCAUCACCUAAUCAUUUGGGUGGUCUUAAACAAUCAUAGCACAGUAUGAUAUGGCGGUAAAAUGCAUCCAAUUACAAUUCAGUAUGUUUUCACAUAAGAAUAUUACACCAAGUAGGUGCUAUUUUUCAAGUGUUAUACAGUAUUGUUGAAACUCACAUCCAUGAGCUACUUGCUAUGGGUGUCACUGCUAUUAGCUUCACGACUGACAUUUGGACCAGCGAUGUCAGCCACAUGAGUAUUAUGAGUCUGACAGCACAGUGGGUCCAUGAGGAUUUCGUACUGAGGAAAGCUGUAUUGCAUGCUCAAGAAUGUGCUGGUUCUCUAACCGCUGCUGCCAUUUCAAUGGCAUUUGAGAUGUUUGAAACAUGAACACUCCUAGCUCCAUUCGAACAACUGACUCGAGAAAUAAGCUCAACUGUGUCUGCAGCAGAUGUGAUACCCUCUGUCAUGGCAUUGAAACGCCUGCUCAACAAAAAUACCAACAGAGACCGUCGGCUUAACUUGGAAAAGUACUCUACUAGAGGCUGUGAACAAGUGAUUCGGGAGCAUUCUCUCUGAGCCUCUUUUACUGUGUCACCACCAUGCUCGAUGCUAGGUACAAGGACUGCUACUUCGAUGCAGACAAGAAACAGGGUUUAAGUGAAAUGUUACAAACACAGCUGGACAAGAUGGAAACGGACACACUGACAGUGCGCACAGAGGAAGAGAAGCCACGAAAAGAGAGCUGAAACUUCACUGCUUGACAUAUAUGAUGAAAUCCUGGUUGAGACUGAACAAAUGAACAACGAAACAGCACAGCAAAGUAGAACACAUCUGCACUACCAGCCCACACAGGGGAUGGCUGUCCACACACCGCAUCACUACCAACAGCAUCUCUGCGCCAGUAAGUAACAUUUGUUCUUCAAGUGUUUAUUGUGUUAAAAUCAAAAGGAUACAACAUUUGUCGUGAUGUGUUAGCCUAUUCAUAUGAAAUUAUACAACUAGAUAAUGAUUGGGAUGGAGAGCCAGGUGUAUAGUCACAUUUAACUGUAGCGGUAAAUAUGCAAAGCAUUUGCGGUCAUGUACAAGCUUUUGCUCCCAUGCAACAAAUUGUAACACUAAUUAUUCCUAAAAGAACAGUUAGAAAUGUAAAGGGAAGUUGUAUUAUAAAAUCUAAAAAUGAACAAAAGUUAUAAAUGUAAUAAGGUACUUUUUAUUUCACUCCAGAGGGGGAAAACAGUUCAUACUUUGCAAUUUUGGGAGAAUAGGAUGAUGUUUUUCAGUCGUUACUACUAACAGGGGUUUGGAAAUAGUUGUUUUCAAACUUUCAAACAUGUUGACUUCACGUGCAGAUUUAAAUCCCCUUCCUGGUAACAGCUGGCUGCUCCUCUCAACUAACCACAUGGUGGUUUAAAUAGCACCACAAAUGUCCCUAAUGCCUGCUAGUGGAGGCAUGCAGUUUUAUGAUGAGAAUCCAUGUCAGUCAACUGACAAAAUGUCUUAUCUCACUGUCUAAACAUUUGUUGUAUUUUGGGGGAUUUAUUUCAGCUUUUCACAAUACAUUUAUAAGCAAUGCAAUUUGACCAAAAAACACAUUAUUUUCAUUACCUGCAGUUCAUGCACUACAAACAUCUUAGAACUUAUCGCAUAUCAGACAUCUUUUCAUAUCAAACAUCUUCCUGUGUUUGCUAGGUGGGUUGUGAGACAGCAGCGCUCUAGUGGAGAGACUAUUUUAGCCUGAGUCUAAGCCCACAUCAGGAGUUCUACACUCACCCAAGUCCUGCCUUGUCCAGCCCGACCCAGCCAUUUUCUGACUUGCCAAGCCCUUCACAACCCAGCCAUGGAUGCCCUGUCCUCCCUGAGCUCCUCAACCUCCUGCUCUCAUCUGUACCUCUGGGCCAGCAACACCACCAACAGCAGCGCUAUUAACAUUGAUGUGAUCCUGGAGCACUACAACCACACAGGGCGCCUGCAGCAUCGCGUGCCCCGCCAGGGUGGCCUGAGCUUGGCAGCGGCCCUCUCCCUCUUCAUCAGUGUCCUCAUCAUCCUGGAGAACCUGCUGGUCCUAGUGGCCGUGCUCUCCCGGAUCCUCCACAGCCGCCGCUGGGUCUACGUGUGCAUCGCCAACAUCACCCUGAGCGACCUGCUGGCCGGGGCGGCCUACGUGGUCAACAUCUGGAUGUCGGGCGGCCAGACAUUCAGGCUGAGCCCGGCUCUGUGGCUGUUCAGGGAGGGGGUGCUGUUCGUGGCCCUCGCCGCCUCCAUCUUCAGCCUGCUGCUGAUUGCUGUGGAGCGCUACACCACCAUGAUGAAGCCGCUGCACCAGAAGUCGGCCAGGAAGACGUAUCGUAUCUACGGCCUAGUGGCGCUGUGCUGGAUCGUGGCCUUCGCCAUCGGCUUCCUCCCCCUGCUGGGCUGGAACUGCGUGUGCAGCCUGGAGAGCUGCUCCACCCUGCUGCCGCUCUACUCCAAGAGCUACAUCCUCUUCUCCCUGCUCAUCUUCUCCCUCAUCCUGCUGGCCAUCGGUGUGCUCUAUGGCGCCAUUUACUGCCACGUGCGCAGCAGCUCCAAGGUGGGCUCCCAGCGCAGCCGCAAGCGCUCCCUGGGGCUGCUAAAGACAGUCAUCUCCAUCGUGGGUGUGUUCAUCAUUUGCUGGGGGCCUCUGUUCAUCCUGCUGCUGGUGGACUUCUUCUGUGUGUCGCGGCAGUGCGCACCGCUCUUCAGCGCCGACUGGGUCAUCGCCCUGGCCGUGAUCAACUCAGCCCUGAACCCGGUCAUCUACACCCUGGGCAGCACAGAGCUGAGGAAGGCCAUCGCAGGCCUGUUGUGCUGCUGCUGCCUCAGGGCAGGCCUCUGUCACCCUGACACCUUUGUGUCCAAGGAGACCAGCAGCACUGGGAGCAUCAGGCACAGCAGCCUGAGGAACAGUUUCAAUAAGAUCAGGAGUCUCACUGUCAGCCCCCCGCCUGCACCCAAUGCCCCCAAGAAGAGCCGCCGCCUGAGCUCCACCACCACCUGCCUGUCUGUGUCGAGCGGUUAGACCACAACGGGCUGCCUGGGGCAGGCGUAGCUGUGUGUGUGUUUAAGAGAGAGACACAGAGAGACGGAGACAGAGAGUGUCAGUGGAGGCUCCUCAGAGCAGGAAGGGGAGGACCUUCCUACUCAGGUAGUUUCAUAAAAGUAAAAAUGUGAAAAAAAAUACAAAUAUCAAUUAUUAAUUUGUAGCAAACUGCAAUUAAAGCCAGACUAAGUCAAUGGCACAGAUGGAACUAUCCAAGCAGAAGAUCUCCAUCAAAAAUCGAAGUCAGGCCUCCCGGGUGGCGCAGUGGUCUAGCACUGCAUUGCAUCUGUGCCACCAGAGAUUCUGGGUUUGAGCACAGGCUCUGCCGCGACCAGGAGGCUCAUGGGGCGAUGCACAAUUGGCCUAGCGUCGUCCAGGUUAGGGAGGGUUUGGUUGGUAGGGAUAUCCUUGUCUCAUCGCGCACUAGCGACUCCUGUGGCGGGCCAGGCACAGUGCACGCUGACCAGGUCGGAUGUGCAUUGUGUCAAGAAGCAGUGUGGCUUGGUUGGGUUGUGUUUCGGAGGACGCAUGGCUCUCGACCUUUGCCUCCCCCAAGUCCAUACGGGAGUUGCCGCAAUGAGACAAGACAGUAACUACUACCAAUUGGAUACCACGAAAAGGGGUGGGAAAGUUUUAUUUUUUAAGUAUAACAACAACAAAAAUCGAAGUUAAAGAAUAUGACUAAAUCUAAUCAAACUUUAAAUGCAAUUUAAAUCAAGUUUGAUUUGGUUUAGAUCUAUUCGUUAAAUGCAAUUUAAAUAAAGUUUGAUUUGAUUUAGUCCUAUUCUUUAACUUAGAUUUUGGGUUGAGACGGAGACGUGAAUCCAACAUAUUAAUGACUAACGUGAAGAUUACAUUUGAAAUCAACCAAAGCUUGAAACCCUAGGCCCAUAUACUGUAUAUUGUACAUUUUUGGUUUGAACCCUGGGUUGAAUUAAAACAAUAGCUGUUGCUGACUUUGCAAAUGCUAUAUGGCCUAAAUAGUAUAAUUGAUGAUAUAGGACUUAUAAUGUGUGGUUACAUUUAAUUUGCUCUCUUAAACCUACCCUUUGGAACUACUUUGAUAGCAACAGUGAAUAUAUUUAGUUAUUGAGAGGUCUCUGAAUAAUCACUCACAAUAGCGCAUUGGUAGUAGGUAAUAUAAAAACUAAGCUGGGUUUGGUUAAAACCAUGUAUUGGAGACCAAAUGAAUAGUUGUAGAUCAACUCUCCAAUAGGAGGUGCUGCCCAGACAUGUUUUUUCCCUGAUAUUGGACAUUACGUUGAAGAUCUGACGUUGUUUCAAAAAGGUACAAAUUCAAUUUACUGUAUUUUAAAGAAGGGUUGUCUAUGUUGAAAAUUGGUUUCCAUGAUGACAUAAUCCUGUGGUUGAAAUUUCACCCUCAAAACAAAAGUUGAUUACUUUUUUCAAAUCCAAUGUAUUUUCCACGUAACAUAUACAUUGACUAAUUACACUGAGACAAUGUUAAUUCAACCAGUUUGUGCCCAGUGGCUCAAGGUGGGUAUAGGGCAAAUUCUAGUAUCUUGUAGAAGCCUAAACCUAUCGAUGUUACAUUGAGCUGGAUGAAUGGAAUAUGAAAUGACAGUCAUCCAAUACGCUGAAAUAGAAAUAAGGCCAUGCUCAUAAGAAAAAGACUGUCCUCUCAAAUCUGAAAGGGCACUAACCGCCGCUGGUGUGUGUGCAUGUGUGUGUGUGUGUCUGUGUUACCACAGAGAAUGCAGUUCCUCCAUUAUCUAACUCCACCCAAAUGUGGCCUUGAUACAACCAGGUCUAACGGUUUCCUCUGCUGUUGGUUUUGUUCAAUUUCUUCUUUGUCUUCAGCCCAGGACCUGGUACACUGAUGAAAAAGCGUCUUUGUGGUUCUCUGUUACUGUAGCAACACCAAUCUGUUUCAUUUUAUGCAUUACAAAAUAAAGUUUAAAAAAAGUUAACUCAUUCAAGAUUUAUCAUAAAAUAUGCACUAUGGAAGCUGCUUUUGUUUCACUGUUUCAGCCUUAAAACAUAUACUCUUUUACUGUGAAGAUGGGUUUCAUUGAAAGGGGUGCUUUCUUAUUGUACCACUUAAAUAGAACUUGAUUAAAAACAAAAGAAAUAUGUAUAUAUAUUUAGAAAAUGCAAUAUUAUUUAUACAUACACUGAGUGGACAAAACAUUAAGGACACCUGCUCUUUCCAUGACAUAAACUGACCAGAUGAAUCCAAGUGAAAGCUAUGAUCCCUUAUUGAUGUCACUUGUUAAAUCCACUUCAAUCGGUGUAGAUGAAGGGGAGGAGACAGGUUAAAGAACGAUUUUUAAGCAACUCAAUAUUUGGAAGGUGUCCUUAAUGUUUUGUACACUCAGUGUACAUUGUACAGAAUGGUAGUUGAAUACAUUUUUUCAAUUGGUUAAACAUUUAUUUUGUUCAAUAUUGUUUUUAAGAGUAUACAUUUGUUGAAUGCUUUACUAUUGCUGUUAUUCUGAAAGAAGAUUAUAUUUAUGUUAUUUUGUACAUUGAAAAUGUAUAAAUAAAUAUUUGAACAGAA